UCUUCUGUAGCACUAUCAGUAUGAACAACGCCACUUGUUGAAAGCUAUGUUUGCAUUUAAACGAUCUAUAACUUUAAGGAAGAUAGUUCCUUUAAAUGAUCAUGAAAUAAAUGAUUUGGUUAUCAUCAGUGAUUUGAAGUGAUCUCUUAACCGGAUCUGUCAUUGAAAAAGACCCAGGAUCACACAUGUGUGUGAAGUAAUAGGAGAACCAUGUGAUAAGUGUAUGACCGGGCACAUGAGGAUGCAUAGUGUUACAAGUUGUGUACAAUGGAUACAAGUUGAUCAUUGCCUGACUAACAACCUGAUGUUAAAAAUCGUUAUUUCUAUGACCAACAAUGAACGAUAGCCAAGAGAAGAAGAUGGUUUCGUCCCCACCCCUCGGGAGACACAGAUUGAGGGGCUACGUUGUCAUAAUUGGAGGCAUAUUAGUGCAUCUCACCCUCGGUACCGUAUAUACGUUUGGUAAUAUGACGCCAUAUAUGACGUCAUACAUGAGAAAAAAGAACGUUUCUGCUGAACUUACUUACGCAGACAGUCUAUGGGUUAUGGCUGUAGCAGCUAUGGGACAAGGAGCCAGUGUAUUUAUCGGAGGAAUUUUACACCGGAAGCUUGGAACGAGACUUACUACGUUACUUGGCGGAUGGAUUUCGAGCGGCGGAGUGCUUUUGACUUAUUUUACAAUACAGUCAUCCUUCGGUUUGACUGUUCUCACCUAUGGUGCAAUGUUUGGAUUUGGAGUCGGCAUUGCAUACGCAACACCAAUGGGCUGUGGAAUGAAGUGGCUACCGGAUAAAAGGGGUCUGGUAAAUGGCCUUGUAGUAGCUGGAUUUGGAGGCGGAGCGUUUAUAUUUGACCAGGUUCAGACGGCCUAUCUCAACCCUGACAACCUUGCUCCGAACAAAGUUGUUGAUUAG